GGGGAGCCGCUGCGGGACUUGCGCGGCGCGCUGCGUGCGGUGCUGGCACGGGUCCGAGAGGGCGAACCGGGCGAGGGCCGCGAGCCGUUCGAGCUGCCGCGCUUCUGGGACGCGCUAGGUCAGACAUUCAAAGUAACGUCACAGGAAGCUACAAAGCUGAGUCUGGCAUUCUCAAGGCCUCCACUGACUUCUGCAGAGGAUUGCCGGAAGCUGAGUGAAGAUGUCCAAAAUGCCAUUCUUGCAGUUGCCACAGUGUACUACUGGCUCCCCAAGGGCCAAGGUACUACUCUUCGGAAGAUGGUACGAGAUGCUACCACUGAAGUAGUGGAAGGAAUGAUCCAACUCACAGAAACAAUUCUCAGUGCUCCAUUGGAGAGCUUGUCUCAGGAACAGCUUAUAUCAACUGGUGGUGUGUGGGAGGCAUGUGAGCAAGUGUCCAACCUGCCACGAGAUAACCAGGCAGCAGUUGCAUCAGCUCUGGCUGCAUGUCUAGGUGUGGUCAAGGAUGCUCUGGAGGAGAUGGAACGUGCUCUGGUGGAAGGGCAAGACCCCUACAGUGACAUCAUGGAAGAUGAAGAGCUGGGCUUCCGGGGCAACAGAGAUACGUAUUGGUCAGAAGCUGACCGGAAACUGCUUAGCUCCUGCAUGGGAUUAAUGAAGGCUUCUAAAGCUUGCCUGAAGAAGGUCUUGGGUGUAGUGAAGGCUUAUGGCAAAGCUGAUUCUCCAGAGCAGAUUGCUCAGCUGGAUGAUCUUGCAGACAUUGCUAAUGAGAUCAGUCCAAGUGUUGAUGAGCUCGCACUGAGCAUGUACCCACCUAUGAACCAGUUGGCUGUGCGACUCAACGCUGCUAAGUUGGCCUCGGUAUUAAAGAAAGUCUUAGAGAUUACAAAGACAAGCCAUGUGUGUCCACCAUCAGAGGAAGGCUGGGUGCAGUUUCUAACUGGUGCAGUAGAUCACAACAUGAAUAAAAUCAAGAACUUCACACAGGGUCAACUUUAGCUCUUCCAUGUCUACAUGUGUUGCGGCCACUGGGUCUGGCAUAUGCUUUUCCAGUGAAUCUCGCUGUUCUCCAGCUACUGGGAGAAUGAUGAAAACAAUGUUUUUUAGGAGAGAACUUUACUGCCACUUGGUAAAACUUUCCCAGGAAGUUGCUCUUUGCCAUUGCAGAAAGUGUCAUUUUGCUUGGAUUCCUGGAAUGGUGCAGUGCUGCAUCUUAAUGCUGUGAAUGUGCCCCAUUCUUCAGACAUUACAACUACUAUGGGGUUCAAAGAACAAUAAAAUACUGCUAGAUUUGUA